AAAGCAUCUUUCAUGGCGUCACCUUAUGUUUCGGCUUUGUGUUUAGUUUCAUAACUUUAUAAACUUACGAUAAAAAUUGCUGAUAGAUUAUUUAUAUAUAUGUAAACAUAUAAAUGAGAAGAAAUAAUAAAAAUGCCUCCGAAAAAAAAUACUACUGGCAAGAAAAUUUCGAAAAAAGCAUUUGCCUUAAUAUGGUGGGUUCAAGAGGGAACGAAGGACAUCAUACCAGCAUGUAAAAUACCCAACAAAAGUCGUACACCAGGUUCUAUAAUAAAAUUAAAGUGGGAAAAUUUUAAAACAAAAAUAGUUGGGUUACAUGAAGCCAAAAUAAUAGCAAUAGAUACUAAUUAUGAAGAAUUAAAUACCAUCCUACUUGACGAUAAAGGUAAUGUCCAUGAUUUUGCGGAUAAAUUAUUUGUAAAAGACGUAUUGGAACGAAAACGUAAAGCUGCCGACGACGCUAAAGAUAUUAAAAAUUCAAAAGUUGCGAAGAGAUCUAGCUUUGAAGACGAACUAUCUGGUACUUCAUCUCUAUUCUCACAUCGUAAGUCUAGUAUGAAACUGGAUAAACCACCAGUGUUAUCAACAAAUAUUAGUCCAGUUAUACGUAGUGUUGAGGUUACUGAUACUUCAAGAAAUCUCUCUUAUAAAACGAACGAAUCAGGUUAUUCUCAGAUGUUAGCUUGCGUUUCAAGUCCAGUUACCUCUGCUUCAAAUGACCAGCAAUUUAAAUUGAUUAACCUCUCUAAAAGAAAUAAUGAUGCGUCUGCUAAGGUUAAUGAAAAUGUUAGUCAAGAUGAUACGCAUAAUACACCAGUUUAUGCAUUUUCAAGCAAUACAAUGGAAAUACCACCAUCUACAUUUGGAUGUCAUUCUUCAGACUCGAACCAUUCCGGAGAAAAUUAUGACACGUUCAUGAAGACUAUUGAAACUGUUGAAAAAAAAACUGCAGCUCAUACAACUUCAAAUCAUACGAUGACAAUACCAUCAGCUUCAUCAAAAUGUCAUAUUUUAGAUUUAUCUUUGGAAAACUCCCGAAAUCUUCAUUGUAAUAAAGACGUUAUUAUUAAAACUAAUUAUCAGCCUUCUGAACCAUUAAAUUUUUCAACAAAAAGCAACAAUUCAUCUGGUACUUUACAAACUAACAAUGAUACAUUUUUCAUAACAGCUGAUGUUACAGCACAUGAAGAUUUUGAUCAAAUUUAUCCCGCUAACAGAAAACGUACUAAAAACCAAGAACCAUUUAUGUUAACUGAAGAGUCUAAUGUACCAAAUGGUGUAGAACAAAGCUAUAUAAACAAUGAAGUUGAAGAAAUAAACUGCACAGAAAAAACUGAGACUGCCGAAAUUAGUAUUGGUGCACUGCAUACGUUUAUGCCAAAUAAUGUCACCAUUGAUGACAUUCAACAAUUUGAAAGAGUUUAUGCUGGAAUAAAAAAAGCACAUGAACAGCAAAUUAAAAGUAACGCUAACUUGUGUGCAGCCGUUGAGAUAUCAGAAGAUUUUUAUACAGCCGGAGAGAAUAAGAUCGAGAUAUGGAUUGGUUCUGGUUUAUAUUUAUCUCAAGCAGUAGUUACUUCUUUAAAAAAAAAUUCUGUUGACAAGAAAGGAAAUCCGAGCUGGAAAAAAUUUGUAACCUUGGUAAUUCUUGAAGUAUAUGGCGAUAACAUUGGAAAUUUUUCGGCCAACGGUAAGAGAGGAUGCGAGUAUCCGAGCAUUGAUUCGAAUUUUUUUGAAGCUUUAUUCAGUUGGGUUAAAUCCAAAUUUACAACUGAAAAAAUAACUAAGCAAAGCUACAGUUCCGUUAUUAAUGGAAUAGCUUGGAAGAAACGGACUAAAAUUACUUCGGUUGCUUUUGACCAAAUUUCAGAAAAUAAUCUUCAGUUCUUUGGAAAAAUCGUGAGUGCUCUUAAGAAAAAUGUUGCAUGGCAAGAAGAAGCAAAAGAUCGAGAUAUGCAAGUAAAAGAUCUUCUUGAACCCGGCUCGGAUAAAGCUAAAAUCAGUGAAAGUUAUCAUAUCUACUUUCCGAAAGAUGCAAUUUCAUACAUUCAAAGAAAAUCUACUAUAGCGAACAACAUAUCUGACUGGAAAGUUCUUGUUAAAGAUGCUCUUUUAGAAAUCUAUAAAUCAGAUCUCAUUAAUUAUUCUGCAAAGGGUACUCGAUCAAACAAAAGUGUCGGUAUUGAUCAACAAGUAUAUAAAGCAAUAUUAGCUUGGGCAAGAUCCAGGACUAAAGAAACAAUCACAGAUACGGAAUUCGUUAAUUAUGUUAAUAAAAUUAUUUCAAAUAAAAGAUUGUAUAUUAAAAAUGAUCUGCCACUAAAAGAAUUGACACCAAAUAAUAAUAUUAACAUUGAGUUGGAGAAUUGUCAAGGUUCAACAUCACAGCAAGCAUUGGUCCAUUUAGAAACUGUUUCCCCUAGCGGUCAGUAUCUAGUCAGUUCAGAAAGCGAAAAUAUAAUACAACAAUCAUUGAACGUACUUCAAUAUGAAUAUGAUGAUGGCUCUACAUAUUUAAACAUGUAGAUUCUUCAUCCAAAAUGUAACUUUUUAUAUUCAGAUUUAGAUUAUUGAUAGUUGUUUUAAUUAUAUUGACAA